CCGCCGUUUCCGCAGCAACAGGGAAAAGAUGGCAGCCCUCGCGACCCUCACUCAGCUGUCAAGCGGGAACCCGGUAUAUGAGAACUUUUACAGACGAGUGGACCCGGGAAACACGGGGAGGGUUGGACCUACAGAGGCUGCCUUGUUUUUGAAGAAAUCAGGCCUGCCUGACAUCACUUUAGGAAAGAUCUGGGAUUUAGCUGAUCCGGAUGGCAAAGGCUUCUUGGAUAAACAGGGAUUCUACGUCGCUCUGCGUCUCGUGGCCUGUGCGCAGAGUGGACACGACAUCAGCGUUUCCGGUCUAAAGCUCCCCGUUCCCCCUCCAAAAUUCAAGGACCACAGUAGCCCAUCACUGAGCUCUGUUACAUCAACCAAUGAGAGCCACUGGGCGGUGCGGCCCGAAGAGAAGAGCAAAUUCGAUGGCAUUUUUGAAAGUCUUGCCCCGGUGAAUGGAUUACUGUCUGGUGAGAAGGUCAGACCAGUACUCAUAAACUCCAAACUUCCUGUGGAUGUGCUUGGAAAGGUGUGGGAUUUGAGUGACAUAGACAAAGACGGACACUUGGACAAAGAUGAGUUCGCAGUGGCUAUGCAUCUGGUGUACCGUGCUCUGGAGAAGGAGCCUGUGCCCUCAGUCCUGCCCUCCUCUCUCAUUCCUCCAUCCAAAAGAAAGAAGUCCUCAGGGUCCUUGUCCAGCAUGGUGCCAGUGUUACCAGGCAGCCCGCCGCCACCUAAAGACAGCCUGCGCUCCACCCCCUCUCACGGCAGCAUGAAUUCCCUGAACAGCGCCGGGAGUUUGUCCCCAAAACACACCAUUAAAUCCUCACAGCAUUCAGUAAACUGGGUUGUACCAGUCACAGACAGAGGGCGCUAUGACGAGAUCUUCCUCAAAACAGACACUGAUCUUGAUGGCUUCGUCAGCGGCCAAGAAGUGAAAGAAAUCUUCAUUCAGUCCGGCCUUUCUCAGAACCUCUUGGCACACAUAUGGGCUCUGGCGGACACCAGGCAAAUGGGCAGACUCACACGCGAGCAGUUCUCCUUAGCCAUGCAUCUCAUUCAGCUGAAAGUCAGCAAAGGCAUGGAUCCUCCGCAAGCUCUGACUCCAGACAUGAUCCCACCGUCUGAACGCGGCACACCGGGACCUAGUCUGUCAGGAUAUAUGACACCGGUGGGCUCUGACAUGGCCGCACUGAGCGAGAUGCGCCGGGACAGCUCCAGCUCCGUGGGUUCGGGCGAGUUCAGCGGGAUUAAAGAACUGGACGAUAUAAGCCAAGAGAUCGCUCACCUGCAGAGAGAGAAAUACACUUUGGAACAAGACAUCAGAGAGACCGAGGAAGCCAUCAGACACAAAACCACAGAGGUUCAGGAGUUGCAGAACGAUCUGGACCGAGAGACGUCCACCCUCCAGGAGCUUGAGGCGCAGAAGCAGGAUGCUCAGGACCGGCUGGAGGAAAUGGACCAGCAGAAGGCCAAGCUGGAAGACAUGCUUAAUGACGUACGGCAGAAGUGCCAGGAAGAGUCGCAAAUGAUCACGUCCCUGCAGUCCCAGAUCCACUCGCAGGAGUCUGACCUGCAGAGCCAAGAGGAAGAGCUGGGCCGGGCCAAGGCUGACCUGAACCAUCUGCAGCAGGAGGAAGCUCAGCUGGAGCAGAGUCUACAAGCUGGCAGGAUUCAGCUAGAAACCAUCAUCAAGUCCCUCAAAGCCACACAGGAUGAGAUCAACCAGGCUCGGAGCAAACUCUCCCAGAUCCAGGACAGCCAACACGAGAUCAGUAAGAGCAUCGAGCAGUACAGCAGCACCCUGAACGGGACCCACGGGGGCAGCAUGACCAACCUGGCCGACAUGAGCGAAGGCUUUCCAGAGAAGGAGAACGCUGCGUUCGGGGCUGUGGAAGACCCUUUCAGGGUGAAAACCACUGUGUUCAACAGCGCCCCGCAGGAGAUCCACACAGACCCCUUCCAGUCUGAAGACCCAUUUAAAACAGACCCAUUCAAAAGCGAUCCGUUCCAGAAUGACCCGUUCUCAAAGCAGACAUCCACAGUUGCAGAUCCUUUCGGAGGAGACCCUUUCAAAGAGGCCGACCCGUUUAAGACCUCUUCUGAAGAUUUCUUCAAGAAACCCUCUAAGCCAGACCCCUUCAGCAACGCUGAUCCUUUUAGCAAAAGUGCCACACUUCCCUCAAAGAAUCAUAAUUUUUCAAGUAAUGACCCCUUCAGCUCCACCAGCCCCAAACCAAAAGGCCAAGAUUUCUUUGGCACUUUGGACCCCUUCGGAAGCAGUUCGUUCGGCAGCAACAGCGGAUUUGCAGACUUCAGCCAAAUGUCAAAGGGCUUUGUAGAGGACCCCUUCAGCCGAAAACAAGACAUGCCAGCUCUCCCGCCCAAGAAAAGUAUACCUCCACGACCCAAACCACCCAGCGGUAAAAGUACUCCAGUAAACGUGCCUGGAUCCGCCGAUUCGACCAAGACGAGCGAUCCUUUCCAGCCCUUCAGUGCCGACCCCGCUGAUCCGUUUCAGAGUAAAAAGGGGGUGGGAGACCCGUUUAGUGGCAAAGACCCAUUUGCUCCAUCUGCCUCAAGUAAAGCCUCUAAAGACUCUUCAUUGGGUUUUGCAGACUUCAGCUCUGAACUGAGCGAAUUAAGUUUGGGAAUGAAGCCCAGCAGAUGGAGUGGGCGAAGCGGGAAAGCGAGAGAGCAGAACGAGAGCGGCUGAAGAGACUCCGCCAGCAGGAGCAGGAAGACCUGGAGCUGGCCAUCGCUCUCAGCAAGGCCGAGAUGUCCAACGCCUGACCGCCUUCCCCUCAGAUCCACCCUUUUGUACACUACAGCGACGAUUGUGUGCGUGCGCGAUGGACCAAUAUCAAAUACAUGCAAGAGCGUUAAGCCUCUGUCCUUUUGUGUUCCUGUGCAGGAGGGCAGCCUAUGGUUUGUGAAUCAGCUAAUUCACUUCACAUGCACUGCAUUAACCUCUCAGAUGGACUAUAUAGUUUAUUUAAAGUGUAUUUGUGUGUGUAAAUGUGCAACAGAUCAACAGAGCCAUGGACAUUUGAAGACCGUUAUCGGUCUCUGCAGAUCAUUAUUUCCACUGGCUGGGAAAAAGGGGACUGAGAAACUGCUAAGAAAGUUGCGUUUAGAUCCCAGCUAGGGUCAAACUAGAAACUUGAAUUACCGACACUACACUCCCUCCCUUGAGCCCUUGUCCAAGACACUUAAUUCCAGGUUUCUUCCUGAAUUCAAUUGCUGUAAGCGUACUGUAAGUCAAUUUGGAUAAAGAGCAUCUACUAAAUAAUAACUUUUACUUGCUCCGGCUGUAGUCAGUAUGGUACACACUGGAAUUACAGCAGCGCCUGUAGACUAAACGUCUGUAGGGAGCUCUUGACGUGACGUAAAGAUGAACGAAUGGCAGUCUGGCUCUGGAAGUGUUGUUUUAAAGAGCUGUUUGAUUCAGAUGUGAACUUUUUUUGUUUUAUUUCACAGUACUGUUCAGAGAAGACGGUUAAGCAAAGCUUCAACAACUGCACUGAUUUAUUUGAUUCUUGAAUCUUUCCCAUGUUAAAAGGUUUAGCUGGUUGACCCCACUGCAGGACUCAACAGUAAGGAUGGUUUUUCUGGCCCCAUUUUAUUUGCUAGAAAUAUUUUCCUUAAACAUUUUCUCUCAUAUUGAUCAUUUAUUUAUUUUAUUUUUAUUAUUAUUUUUUUUUUAUCUAACAUUCAUUCUGUCUAUUGUUUGUUGUUAUUUUUUUUACUGUUGUCAUGUAUCUAUCAUUCGUUCAAUCGUUUGUUUGUUCUGUUGUUAUAGCUAUCGCUUGUUAUUUUUGUUCAUUGUUGUUUGUUUUUUAUUGUUCUAUCGUUCAUUUCUAUCUUUCAUUCAUUUGUUCAUUCGUUCAUUCUAUCUGUCGACUGUUCUGUCAGUCGUUCACAGUGGAUUGAUGUACAAGAUCAACAAAUCUUGAGAUUUUCAGUGACAGAGAAAAUAUUAUUGGUUAUCUUUUGAGCCAGCCUUAUUGUUGAGUUCUGCACUAUGGUAUACAAUUUGUUUGCUUAAAAACAAGCGCCUACAUGAGGAAUUGAUAAAUAUGUAAAAAAAAUUUACCAUUUCAAUUUUCGUCUUUAAUUUGUUACUAAUUUUGUAUCUGUAUAAUCUGUGGGCCUGAAAGUGCAAUCUUGCAGUUGUGCUAUUUAGUAAUUUCUUUUAGUAAAUGCUUUUGUUUGAUUCCGUAAAUGGGCUCGGAUGGAAUUUCUUUCGCAUUUUCAGUUAUUUUCAAGGCAAAUAUCCGCAGAACAUAUUUAAUUUGUUAAAUGUUAAACUGAGUCAGGACUACUAAACACCUGUUGGUCGCUGAAAGCACAAUCAGUUUAGCCUAAAAAAAAAAACUUUGUGAAUUCAGGCGCAGUAGAUGAAAACAGGCGAUUGCUGUUAACGUUUAUUGUUUUCUUAGCCCUGAUUUUUAGUCCGUAUUAAAUUUGACUUCAACAUUUUAGUGAUGGUACUUCCUGGCACAUUUCAAACCUGUUUUUGUAUGAUUUAAUUAUCUUACUACGUUAAGUACAUUCUGCAGUUUUUUUUUUUAAACAGUAGAUUGUUUUUCUGUUACCGUUAACAAUUUUUGUCCAUGAUUUGUAUUCACUCAUCCGACCGCAGAUCAUUAGAAUAGCUGUUGUGGUCAGUCAUUACAGGUUAAAUGUACCUCCAACGCUGUGUACACAAAUGUUGUGUAUGUUAAGACGAACAACUGUGGCACAUCCAAGUACACUGCUAAAUUUCAAAUACGUCAUCUUUGUCACUUUUUUUUUUUUUUUUUGAUUGUUCCUCUUUUUUUCUUUGCUUCCAAUCAGCUUGUAUCGUUUUGACCUCAAAUAGCUGCUCGACACUUUUUGGUCUUGUUAGUGUCACACUAAACAGUGUUACUUAUUUAAAAUGUGUAAAAUGUAUUAGAUGGAGCCUAGCUCACACUGAAACUCAUGCUGUGGUUCUUGAACCACAUGAAUUUAUGUGAUUGCAGUACUACACUAAUCUUCAUUCAGUUGAGCGUUUUAAUAAAACUGAUCGUCUUUAGGACUGGAAUCAAAAGCUGUUGUGUCCCAGACACAGAUAAUACCAAUUCCUGGCCUAUGAAGUGUUUUAUCCUGUAACGUAGAUUGGGAAUGGCUUAUUUCAUCUGUAGGGGGCUUUGGUCUUGGCAUUUCUGCCAAAAAAUAAACUGAACAAACUUUGCAAACGUUUUGGUAGCGAUCCUGUUAUGCUGUAUUCAUCCUCUAUACCUCCACUGUGCAAUAGUUUAUAUAUUUUAUUUGUUGUAAUACCUGUAAAUUAAUUUCAUGUUUUCAUAUCCUGUUUUAUUAUCCAUAUUUUGUCUUUUUUAUGUUGAAAGUGUUGUUUUUUUAGUCAUAAUUUUGGGAAUACAUCCCAUAAAACUCGAGCUGAAAGCAUUCCUUUUUGGGCUGCCUUUAACCCCCGCCUGUGUAGAUAAGACAGAUAUUAACCUGAUAGAGAAAUGCAUAAGAGUAUACAUAAACCAUGUAUAUUAUGUGUUAUAUUUGUGCUAUGAAACUGAGUAACUGUACAUGUGUAACUCUAAACAUUUUAAGGAUUUCAGACUGAGUGAUUUGGUGAUGCUUUGAUUCCUUUGGAAAUGUUCGUGCUCCGUAUGUUGUCCCCUUGAUUCCACAGAAUAAAGAGAAGAUAACAUUUCAGA